AUGGAAUGCAAAUCACAGUCGUUAGCCCUGUCUCCGGAACACCUCACUACGUUCUCUUGUUUUUCAGAACUUCCAACAGAGCUCCGUCUCAAAAUUUGGCAUCAUUGCAUACCCGCUCCUCGGGAUCUACACAUCAAAUCCAAAAAUUAUCAAAGCAUUACAGGGCGAUUUUCAUUCCGGGGUUGGUUUAUUGAUAGCGCUAGCUUAAUCGUUGGUGGUGACGAUACAAGCGCUAUCCCGACAAUACUUCAUGUCAAUAGAGAGGCACGAGAGGUCGGAUUGACAAGAUACGAGUUAGCUUUUGGAUCCUACCACAGAGUAGGAACAGCAUACGUUGAUUUUGAAAGAGACACCUUGAAUCUAACUCAAGCGGGUUCUAACUGCGUAUUCAUGUUAGUUGGAGGUCGUUUCGAGGGUAUAGAUCAUAUAGAAAAGGUCCAAAAUCUGGAGUUCAGGGUGCAACUACAUUUCUGGGACUCGAACGAUUUUUGUUGGGACGAUGUGAUACAAUUUACCGGAUUGAAAAAAUUGAGCUUGAGAAUAUUUGAGAAUUUCAUAGACGAGAACGAAAUUUUAAAUGUGAAAAUGGCACUGGAGGAUUUUGCGCGUCGACAUACCGAGUGGAAGUUGCCAGAUAUUAGGGUUGGGUUUGAUAGACCUGGUAUGACAAAAUGGGUAACUUUAGAACUUUAA